AUGAAGGCUCUGGGGUUCAAACAAUUUUCCAUCCUUGGGUGGUGUGACGGAGGAACUUGUGCAAUCAUUGCAGCUGCUAAGUUCCCGGAUGUCAUAAAAUAUAUGGUAGUUUGGGGGGCACGUUCAUUUCUGGACAGUAUGGAUGUAAAACUGUUUGAAAAAUCAAGAAGUGGUGAUAAUUGGGACCCUAAAAUUAGGGCCGUGGCUGAAAUGUACUACGGGAAAGAGUUGGCUUUACUAUGGGAAAAGUGGUUUGUUGGAUUUAUUAGCAUUUACUCAGAUCAAGUGAGAAAAGGUGAUAUUUGUAAGAAAGAGGUUAGAGAGGUUCAGUGUCCAACUCUGAUAGUUAGUGGAGACGAGGAUCCAGUUCUUCCCUCGUAUCAAAUUGAAUUUCUACAAAGGAAUGUUAGGAAUUGCCAGUGUAAAAUUAUUCCUGAAGGAAGGCAUUCUCUUCACUGGAAAUUCAGCUUAAAAUUCAACAAAAUAGUUGACAAGUUUUUAAAUGAACAACUAUAG